AUGUCUACCAGCUUGCCAACAGAAACUAAGAAUGCCACCGAUGCAUUCGACAUUGAGCGACAAGCGUCUGUAUCUGCAGCUGCAGCUGCAGUGCCAGUGGCACCAAAGUCUCUCGGCGCAGGCUCUGCACUAGCUCUUGGCGCAUUCGGCACGACACUGACUACCCUAUCCCUCAGCCUGAUGGAAUGGCGCGGCGUGACCAUCACCAACGUCUACGUGGGUAACUUCUUCUUCAUCGCAGCAUUUGGACUCGUCAUCACUGCACAAUGGGAGCUCUCGGUGGGAAAUGGUUUCGCGUACACAGUAUUCAGCGCAUUCGGUCUUUUCUACGCUGGUUACGGCGCGAUCCUCACUCCAGCCUUUGGCGUCGCACAAGCCUACGGUUCCGACACAACGCAGUACAAUAAUGCGCUGGGGUUCUUCAUGAUAUUAUGGACGGUAUUCGUAUUCACAUUCCUUAUAGCAUCACUACCGAUCAACCUGGCGAACAUUGCGGUAUUCUUCUUUGUGGAUCUGGGGUUCUUGACUGUGGCGGCGAGUUACUUUGCGGAUGCGGAUGGACACGCUGACUCGGCGAGAGCAUUGCGCAAGACCGGAGGGGCAAGUUGCUUUGUGGCGGGGAUGCGGGAUAACGACAUCUCCCUUCCACUCAAACUAUCCAACAACCCUCACCUUGUCGAUCCACGAUGCGAUGUGCUCAAGCCCGCAGAUGGCCCCCUCUCAACCCUCACUCUUCACCUUGCUAUCCUCACAACCACCACCAUGACCCAAUCCGACGUCCCAGCCACUGACCCAGCUGUCUACGAGGCCUACAAAACCCAAUGGGCUUCAUUACCCGACACCGCCGACGCCUGGCUAGCCCGGGCGCGUGAAGUAGCCACCGUACUAAGCAAAGACGCCGCGCAGCGCGAGCAAGAGAACAAGUCCCCACGGGCGGAAGUAGCCCUACUCAAACACUCCGGACUGCUGAAGCUGCUGGGUCCCAAGAAAUAUGGCGGAGGCGAACAGCCCUGGAGCGUGGGAUACAAGGCCAUUCGCGAGGUGGCCAAAGGAGAUGGAUCAAUCGGCAUGCUCCUCGGCUACCACCUCCUCUGGUCCACAACCGCCAACAUCGUCGGCACCCCCUCUCAAGCCGACCGCAUCCACCAAUGGAUCAUCACAAACAACUACUUCGUCGGCGGGGCCGUCAAUCCCCGCGACAGCGAUCUAACCAUCACCUCCGACGGAGAGGACAUCAUCUUCAACGGGGCCAAGUUCUUCAACACAGGUGGUGUGGUCUCCGACCUCACCGUCCUCGAGGGCGUCCUGGACGGCACAGGCGAGCACAUCUUCGCGCUGGUCGAGACCCGACAGGCGGGGAUCAAAUUUGCGCAUAACUGGAACAACAUCGGACUACGCUUGACCGAGUCCGGAGGAGUCAAGAUAGAGAAUGUGCGUGCGCCGUGGACAGACGCACUGGGAUGGGAUAAUGUGUCGAAGAGGCCGCGCGAGGAGGUUCUGGGCGUGCCGUUUGCGAGUUUGUUGCUUCCGACAAUCCAACUCGUCUUCAGCAACUUCUACCUCGGCAUCGCCCAGGGCGCACUAGACUUUGCAUCCCAAUACACCGUGAGCACGACCCGUCCGUGGCCCUUCGGCGGGGACAACAAGGCCUCCGCGACGGAAGAAUUCUACAUUCUCGAGCGAUACGGGAACUUCUUCGCGCAUCUCCGUGCGGCAGAGGCGCUGGCUGAUCGGGCAGGGGAGGAGAUCUCUACCUUGUAUCGCGAACACUCGGAUAAUCGGCCUGGGUUGACGGCCAGACAACGGGGUGAAUUGGCCGAGUGGGUUGCCAGUGUCAAGGUGGUCACUACGGAUGUUGGAUUGAGGGUGACUUCGGGGAUCUUUGAGGUUACUGGUGCGAGGGCGACGGCUGUGAAGGUCGGGUUGGAUCGCUUUUGGCGGGAUAUCCGGACCCAUACCCUGCAUGAUCCGGUGGCGUAUAAGAAUCGCGAGCUGGGGAGGUAUGCUCUGUUGGGUGAGGUGCCGGAGCCGUCGUGGUAUACUUAG